UUUAUAGAGAAAAGUAGUACCGCAGAAAAAGAAAAGAUAACCGAUACAGCGGAUGGAGAUUCUACGACUAUUAGUAAUAUGUGGUUUACUUAUACGAAGAAUAUGAAUCCAAAUCUGCAUAAAUUGACAGCCGAUGACUGGGAAAAGAAAUUUAAAAAGUACGACAAAGAUCAUAAUGGUUUAAUAUCCGCAAAAGAAUUACAGCUACUAUUAUUCAAAGAGUUCACCGGAUUCCUCACCGUUCGCCAAGCGAAGACAUACAUACAUUUAAUUAAUUCUAAAAAAAAUGAUGAAAUGGGAUUGGAAGAUCUUAUACAAAUGAAACCAAUAAUAUUUGUCUUGUCACAGCGAACAAUUCGAAAGGAUUUACCCGGCUCAAUUCACAUCGCCGAUCAUGACACUAUUUCGGUUGAAGCUUUCGCGAACAUAAAUAAGAGUUGUUUUAAAGACGAGGAAGAAUUUAAAGAAUUACUUAAACUUAUAGAUCAAAAAAAAAACAAAUCUAUUAAAAUGAAAAAGGUCCGUGAUACACAGGAAAUGAUAGACGAGUCGAUUGAGAUGGCUCGUAUACACCAGCAAUUUUUGAUAUUCGGCAGAGGUAUGAAUUUUCAUGAAUAUAUAUGUCAAUGCCAUAACAUUCCCAGAAAUCUGUGGUAGGUACUAACUAAACUUAACAAUCGACUCAAGUCUAUAUUUGUUCAUUGGAUAAUUUAACAUUUUUGAAUAUGUACCAAACAUCUAUAAAGUUCUUAGUAAAUUUUUGGUUAUUGCAAGCCAAAAAUAUAUUUUUAAAAUGUUAAUUAGUGUCAGUUAUUAUAAUGUUUUUCUCAAAAUAAUA